CCCUACUUGACACCCAGUCUCAGCCCUGAGCGGUGCCAGACGAAGCGCACCUUGCAGUGGCACGCCCUGUGGACCGCUGCGGGGGGGCAGAGCUGCUGCGGAGCCACUGUUCUUUCAGGCCCUGGACUCCGGAGAGACCCCAUACUCCCUACUUCCUUCAGCUGUCCGCUGCGGUCCCCAAGAGCACUGCAGCCAUGGGCAUCCGAGGUAUGCUGCGAGCCGCUGCGCUCCUGCUGCUCAUUAGGACUUGGCUGGCAGAGAGUAACGGCCCCAGUCCCACCCCGAAAUUCCACUUCGAGCUCUCCUCCAGCACGCCUGAAGUCAUUCUGGAUCUCUUCAACUGCAAAAACUGUGCAAAUGAAGCUGUGGUUCAAAAGAUUUUGGACAGGGUGCUGUCAACAUAUGAUGUCCGACUUAGACCAAAUUUUGGAGGAGCUCCUGUGCCUGUGUCAGUAUCUAUCUAUGUGUCCAGUAUUGAACAGAUCUCAGAAAUAAAUAUGGACUAUACAAUCACAAUGUUUUUGCAUCAGACCUGGAAGGACACACGCUUAGCUUACUAUGAAACCAACCUAAACCUGACCCUGGAUUAUCGGAUGCAUGAGAAGCUCUGGGUUCCUGACUGCUACUUUGUGAAUAGCAAAGAUGCCUUUGUGCAUGAUGUAACUGUGGAGAAUCGUGUAUUUCAACUUCACCCAGAUGGGACAGUGCGAUAUGGCAUCCGACUUACCACAACAGCAGCCUGUUCCCUGGAUCUGCAAAAAUUCCCUAUGGACAAACAAUCCUGCAAGCUGGAGGUGGAGAGCUAUGGCUACACUGUCGAAGACAUUGUGUUAUCCUGGGAAGAUGAUAAUGCCAUCCACAUUACUGAUGGGCUGCAUAUCCCUCAGUACACGUACCUGGGGAGAACAAUUACCAGCAAGGAAGUGUACUUCUACACAGGCUCCUACAUGCGCCUGAUAGUGAAGUUCCAGGUUCAGAGGGAAGUCCGCAGUUACCUUGUGCAGGUCUAUUGGCCCACGGUCCUCACCACCAUUCUCUCCUGGAUAUCAUUUUGGAUGAACUAUGAUUCCUCUGCAGCCAGGGUAACUAUUGGACUAACUUCGAUCCUUGUCCUGACUACCAUCGACUCACAUAUGCGGGAUAAACUCCCCCAUAUUUCCUGUAUCAAAGCUAUUGACAUCUACAUCCUUGUAUGCCUAUUCUUCGUUUUCCUGUCACUGCUGGAGUAUGUCUACAUCAACUACCUUUUCUUCAGCCAAGUACCUCGGCGUAAUCACAGAAGAUGCAGGAAACCCAGGAGAGUUGUUGCCCGAUACCGCUACCAAGAAGUGGUGGUAGCAAAUGUGCAGGAUGGCCUGAUUAAUGUGGAAGACAGAGUAGAAGACAGAGCUGGUCCCCUUCCUGACAGCCCCAUGCAGGCUCAUCUGGCAAGCCAGGAAAGUCUAGGAUCCUUGGUGUUCACAUCAGAGCAGGCCCAGCUGGCUACCUCAGAAAGUCUCAGUCUACUCUCUUCUGCCUCAAGCCAGACUCAAUUGGCCACUGGAGAAAGCCUGAGUGAUCUGCCCUCCACCUCUGAGCAAACAGUGCCUGAGUGUACCAUUCACUUUCAUGGCUUUCUUACUAAUGACAGUAUUAUCCCCAUCAAAAUCCACAGCCGAUCUGAUGCCUGUGAUGAUGAAGACUCCGAAGAAAGCCUAAGCUCUGAGGAGAGCCAUGGCCAUGGAAGCAGCCACACUGGAAGGCUCAAGCUCCAGAUUAGCCAGAGGUGUGUGCAAGAAGCAAGUUGGGACCUUGAUAAAAUUGAGAUCUUACAGGAUGACAUCAGUAUCACGAGCAGCUGGCUUGGCCUUGAUGAACAAUGCAAGGGGGAUGCUGACAGUAUCUGGAGCCUUACUGAUGAGGAGCUCAUGGCCUGUGACCAAGAGAAGGACAGUAGCUCAGAGUCUGAGGAGAAUUGCUCCCCAAGCCCUGGGUGCUCCUUCAAUGAAGGGUUCUCUUUUCAGCUCUUUAAACCUAACCGGGUCCCCAAGGUUGAUAGAUGGUCCCGUUUCCUCUUUCCUCUUUCCUUUGGGCUGUUCAAUGUGGUUUACUGGUUAUACCAUGUCUAUUAGUUUCUCAUACACCACAGCCGCGGAGAUACUAUGAUAUGUUUCCUUUAUGGUUUCUUCGGGUUUAUCUUUUCCUCUUCCCCUUUUUCAUUUUAUUUUGCAAAGGGUGUUUGUUUGUUUGUUUGUUUGUUUUGGGAGGUUGUUUUGUUUUGUUUGGAAGAGUCAAUCAAAUCCAUUGGGCAUUUCUCUUUAUUAUAAGGUGGGGAGGAGAUAGAGAAAACAUGUAGCCAGAGGAGAAAGAUUGAGGAGGACUUGGAGAUAAAUUGCACAUUGAUUUCCUCCUGCUAGAAAAUUCUCACCUUUCACUUUAAACUGUCCAUCAGCCUAGAAAUGCCCUUGGAAGUAUUUAGAAGACAGAGAAGAGCCACACUAAGGAAGGAGGAUAAUCUGGUUGACAAACAUUCCUGGGACAUUUGGUUUUAGUCCCCUCAAAGUGUUGAAAUUUUUCUUGCUUCACUUUUUUCCUUCCUCUUGGGUGCCAUGCACCUUGUCUGCCUGCUAAAAAUUACUUUGGGAGAAGAAGUCAAACCAAGUUGGCCUGGAGUAUGUAGAGGAGGGGCUAGGCAUAGCUUAGAUAUUCUGACAAAGGAAAAUUGGGAAUCAUUUGUAAGUGCCUUGCACUUUGAGUGUAGAGUUGUGAUACAGGAGUGGGAAGGGCAGGUGGGUAGGAGGGACUGCCAAAGAAAUAUAGCAGAGUAAGUGAGAAAGCAUGCUUCCAGCAAGGGUAUGUGAGACAGGGGAGUGAUGUCAGGUUGAAGUUUUGUACAUGUUCAGCUAUUCCCUUUUAAGUUACUAGACCUUCUCUUGCCGGUAUUUGCCCUUCACAUUACCUGACAGUAGGGACUCAGUACUUCUGUUCAGUUAUGAGUUAGGUUUCUAUCAAUUGCUGGGUUGAUUACUAGUUACAGUAGACACACUUGGUGAGUAAGACCUAGUUGAGAAAAUUCAGAUUUGCUAUUUCACCAUGGGCCUAGAAUAGCAUAUGAACAACUACUGUAAAUCUAUAUACUAAUCCUUUCUAUUUGUCUAGUGCAUAGUAAGUGUCAACGAGCUCCCUGACCCAUCACAUCGUUGGAUCCUCACAGGAGCCCUGUGAGCCAGGGAAGACAAAGCACCUUGUCCCCAGUGUUCCAAGGAAAAUGUGGAGCUUGUGUGCCAUGCUUAAAGAUGCUUGUUCUUUUCCUUAUCUGCUUAACUCUCAACUAACUGCCCCUUCCCUGUGCUCAAGCUGCCAAGCUCAUGGACAGCACCCGGAACAUCUCUAUAUGAAGAGGCCAGCUGGUGAACAUGGAGCCUACUCAGCAGGGCUCCUGAUAAGAGUGGGAUGAGCCUGUACACCAACUUUCCAGGAAGCACCAGCUUAUUGAUGGAGGUCAUGAGGGAGCUUUCCCAAGCACUCAACCUAUAUCCCCCCUUCCUCUAUAGGCAGCCUCUCCUUCAGCCCUAUACUCCUCUGCCCACCCGCCUUCUUAAGUAUACUCCUGUACUUCUAUAUUUAUAUGUUUCUGCGUAUCUCUGAGGAUGACUAUGUAUGUAUUCAGGUAGGUAUAUGUGCUAUCCAUACAACCAUCUGAGAAGCUGUACUAGUGCCAAUCUACACUGUGUGGAUAAAUAGUAUGUAUGCAUCUCUAUGAGAGUGUCACUUGUAGUGUCACUUAUAGUAACAGAGCUGAAUGCAUUCUGCAUACAUUCAUAGAAUGUGCAUGUCUAUAUACCUGUGUUUGUCAAAGUUAGUUAGUGUAAAAGGAUAUACAUAAAAAAAAAAAAACACAUGUAUUCCCUUUAGGAGGUUCUUGUAGAAACAGCAUGACUCUAGUGACCUGUUUUAGCAGAGUGGGGACAGUCUUAGUUAGCUGGACUGAUUAACUCUUUCUUUUCAGUUCUUGAGAGCCAGGUGGACCUAUUGGUAAAGUACAUUUGUAGCUAAUCCUUGGACAGGCUUGGCUGCUUGAACAGGCCCACAAAUCUACCUUGUGUUUGGAGUUUGAACAUUCCUUACUUUAACUUGAUUCCGGGAAAGACUCAGAGAAGUAAAAAUGGACAGGAGAACUAAGUACUGAAUAGAUGAUCUCAGUAUUGUCUCUUGUCCAUGCAUAGGCACAAUUCUAGCCUUUUAUGCAUACACACCCAGACACAUAUACCUACUCCAUUACAUGUGCAUACAUAUAUUUCAUGAGCACCCACGCACUGGGUUAUAUUUACAAGCAUGUCCAGAUAUAUACACACACAAAUAAACACACACACACACAUACUUUUAAAACAACUCAAAACAAGGAUAUUUUUACCAAAAUAUCUAAGAUUGUUUAUUUGGGGGGCGGGGGGAGAACCCAGCAUAAAACGGUCCAGAUUAAAGGGAGAGCAAAAGCUCUCCUCUGGAAUCUGAGCAUUCGUUAGAUGUGCACUUGGAUCUGGAGACCUAUAUAAUCUUGUAGUGUUGAACACAUCACUGGACUAAAGUUACUAAGAGGGAUUAGAGUAGUGGGACCAACGAUAAAGUAGAGAAGAGGCAGAGAGGCCAGUUGUAAAUAUCCAUGUAGCUAGAUAUAGCAUACCCUAAAAAGACUAUUUUGCCCUAAUGUGCUGCAAUGAGAGCAGUUAAACUGCAAUUCAUACUAUGUGAGGUUACAUGUACCAUGGAGAUCUGGUAAUGACAGCUUUUCAGGAACUUGAAUCAUCUGGGUUGUUUUUGUUUUUUUGUUUUUUGUUUUUGUUGUUGUUGUUGUUGUUGUUGUUGUUGUUGUUAUUUUUCAUGGCUAUGGUCUUUCUUACUUGAAAGUUGCCAGAUCUCUCCUUGUAUUCUCUGUGUGGUCUGUUGUUUAUCUUCAUUAAGCCCUGUAUCCUGCUGCCCUCAGCCCCUUUUCAGCCAUACAGGCACACCCUCUCUAUUGGCUGCCUAUGUCUCCUCCCAAACUUCCUCCAACACCAAGUAGUUGUUGAAGUGCAGAGCAUCUGAGCAGUGCUCCUGAGGUUCAGUCAGUCCAACAGCUUGGAAAGAAGGAAGAGCCUUACUAAGUCUGAGAUGGAGCAACCCCACUUUACUACUCUAUUCUGUCUUGUCUUACCCUCUCCUGUCCCCCUAGAAUUCCUGUCUGAGAAAGACCCCAGCUUUCUGUCUUUCCAAUGCAUCAUUUUAUUGUAGAAAUAUGUGAUAUAAUUCCUGCCCAGCUUGAUUUGCACUGUGGGGUGUCUCUGCAGAGUUUGGCCAUUGUAGUCUUACAAUUUGUAUCAUCCUUAUUCAUAGCAAGGCUGCAAACUCUUGACAUACCUAAACCAAGUUUUGCUGAGAUUGUGACCAUUCCUAAUGAGGAUUCCUUACUCUGUAUAUACAGCAGCAAUGCUUUCAAGCUAUUAAGUACUGAAAGCCCUCACUAAGCACUCCACCUGCAUGCUACCCUGUGGUAGUAAGCAGGAACUUUCUAGCUACUCCACAGCCCAGCAUUCAAAGUAAUUAUCCCUUGUCCUACUGAAAGUGCAGUGUGUUUGUGUUUCUGUUUGUGUUUGUUGUAUGGUGUCCUGAGAUUAAUAUGAAUCUACAUUUUCAGUGUUGGGUUUUCAGAGGAGGGAAGGAAUGAUGUUAAAAUAUCUCUCUGGUAUUCUUCAAUAAUAAAAUAUGCCAGCUGGUCAAGGUCAUCUGUGUAGAACUCUGGGUCAGAAUUUUCACCCACUAUCAUGCUAGACUAUAUCCCUGAGAUCAGUAUUCAUUAGUAAAGGCAACUUACCAGAAUUCUGCACAGUAAUAGAAGCCAACUUCAGAUAAUACCAGAGGAGUCUUUCAGUGGCUAUUAAGUUAGUAACAUUCUGGGAGCAUAUGAACUAUGGUAAAGUCACAUACAUACAGAUCUUCAGUAGUGGUGUAGGGCCAAGACAAUAAAAAGUAAGAAAAUAGAAUGACCAACAGCCAGGUAACCCGGGUGAGCUGACCUGCAAGGGCCACAGAAGCAGAGCCUUACUAGAUAAGUGGGUGCCCAUGUUGAGCUCAUUAAUUGACAUUGUUGUGAGAAAGAGACCUUGACCAGUCCGGACUUCAAGAAAGUGAAACAUGAAAGAGCAUAAAAUCAUGCUUCUGAAAAAUAUACUUUAAAAACAUGUAAAUAGCAAAAGGCAAAAUAAAGAUCUAUAAUAGCAAAUA